GGCAACUCUCGAGCAAUCAGUUUUUCAAACCUCCGGUUGGGGAAUAUUGUGUAUCGUCUAUCUCGGUCAGCACCCGUGCGUUAUGGAACGAAAAUUGAUACCGAGAUGCGUUGUGAACCUCGGCAUCCAUCUGCUCAUAGGGAAGCCUACCGUACCUAUUCUGAUCAUAGGAGGGAGUCCUUGCGACCUACUGCUCGCUUUCAUGCUCGCACGGCUCGGGGGUAAUGUCCCCUUCGGACAUUGAUCAUCGAACGCUGUCCAACCAGGCUGGGCGCACCGAAGGCCCACUCACUCUCUCCUAGAUCACUCGAGCUAUGUCGUCAGUCCGGGUUAGACGUCAAUACUAUCCGCAGCAUCGGAGCUAAUCGUGAAGAUGCUCACUAGGUUAAUAUUAUUACCAGUUUGAGAGGAAAGCUUGUAGGCAUUAUUCAAUUUCCGGGAUAGAUGAGUGGCCGUUUUCGUUUCUUUGCCGAUCUUGGUAUAUAACUAGGGGUUAAGCUUAC